UACAUACUGUUCCUACAUGCUGUUCUGUUCCAACAUGCUGUUCUGUUCCUACAUGCUGUUCUGUUCCUACAUGCUGUUCUGUUCCUACAUACUGUUCUGUUCCAACAUGCUGUUCUGUCCCAACAUGCUGUUCUGUUCCUACAUGCUGUUCCAACAUGCUGUUCCUACAUGCUGUUCCUACAUACUGUUCCAACAUGCUGUUCUGUUCCUACAUGCUGUUCUGUUCCUACAUGCUGUUCCUACAUACUGUUCCAACAUGCUGUUCCUACAUACUGUUCCAACAUGCUGUUCUGUUCCAACAUGCUGUUCCUACAUACUGUUCCAACAUGCUGUUCUGUUCCAACAUGCUGUUCUGUUCCAACAUGCUGUUCUGUUCCUACAUGCUGUUCUGUUCCAACAUGCUGUUCUGCUCCAACAUGCUGUUCUGUUCCUACAUGCUGUUCUGUUCCAAAAUGCUGUUCUGCUCCAACAUGCUGUUCUGUUCCAGCAUGCUGUUCCUACAUGCUGUUCUGUUCCUACAUACUGUUCUGUUCCAACAUGAUGUUCCUACAUGCUGUUCUGUUCCUACAUACUGUUCUGUUCCUACAUACUGUUCCUACAUACUGUUCUGUUCCUACAUACUGUUCUGUUCCUACAUACUGUUCCUACAUACUGUUCUGUUCCUACAUACUGUUCCUACAUGCUGUUCUGUUCCAACAUGCUGUUCCAACAUACUGUUCUGUUCCUACAUACUGUUCCAACAUGCUGUUCUGUUCCUACAUACUGUUCCUACAUACUGUUCCUACAUGCUGUUCUGUUCCAACAUGCUGUUCCAACAUACUGUUCUGUUCCUACAUACUGUUCCAACAUGCUGUUCUGUUCCUACAUGCUGUUCUGUUCCAACAUGCUGUUCCAACAUACUGUUCUGUUCCUACAUACUGUUCCAACAUGCUGUUCUGUUCCUACAUGCUGUUCUGUUCCUACAUGCUGUUCUGUUCCUACAUACUGUUCUGUUCCUACAUACUGUUCUGUUCCAACAUGCUGUUCCAACAUACUGUUCUGUUCCUACAUGCUGUUCCUACAUGCUGUUCUGUUCCUACAUGCUGUUCUGUUCCAACAUGCUGUUCCAACAUACUGUUCUGUUCCUACAUACUGUUCCUACAUGCUGUUCUAUUCCUACAUGCUGUUCUGUUCCAACAUGCUGUUCCAACAUACUGUUCUGUUCCUACAUACUGUUCCAACAUACUGUUCUGUUCCUACAUACUGUUCCUACAUGCUGUUCUGUUCCUACAUGCUGUUCUGUUCCUACAUACUGUUCCUACAUGCUGUUCUGUUCCUACAUGCUGUUCUGUUCCUACAUGCUGUUCUGUUCCUACAUGCUGUUCUGUUCCUACAUGCUGUUCUGUUCCUACAUGCUGUUCUGUUCCUACAUACUGUUCUGUUCCAACAUGCUGUUCUGUUCCUACAUACUGUUCCAACAUGCUGUUCUGUUCCUACAUACUGUUCCUACAUGCUGUUCUGUUCCAACAUGCUGUUCCUACAUACUGUUCCUACAUGCUGUUCUGUUCCUACAUGCUGUUCUGUUCCAACAUGCUGUUCUGUUCCUACAUACUGUUCUGUUCCUACAUACUGUUCCAACAUGCUGUUCUGUUCCUACAUACUGUUCCUACAUGCUGUUCUGUUCCAACAUGCUGUUCCUACAUACUGUUCCUACAUGCUGUUCUGUUCCUACAUGCUGUUCUGUUCCAACAUGCUGUUCUGUUCCAACAUGCUGUUCUGUUCCUACAUACUGUUCUGUUCCUACAUACUGUUCUGUUCCAACAUGCUGUUCCUACAUACUGUUCCUACAUGCUGUUCUGUUCCUACAUGCUGUUCUGUUCCAACAUGCUGUUCCAACAUGCUGUUCUGUUCCAACAUACUGUUCUGUUCCUACAUGCUGUUCUGUUCCAACAUGCUGUUCCAACAUGCUGUUCUGUUCCUACAUACUGUUCCUACAUGCUGUUCUGUUCCAACAUGCUGUUCUGUUCCUACAUGCUGUUCUGUUCCAACAUGCUGUUCUGCUCCAACAUGCUGUUCUGUUCCUACAUGCUGUUCCUACAUGCUGUUCUGUUCCAACAUACUGUUCUGUUCCAACAUGCUGUUCCUACAUGCUGUUCUGUUCCAACAUGCUGUUCUGUUCCAACAUGCUGUUCUGUUCCUACAUGCUGUUCUCCUCCUACAUGCUGUUCCUACAUGCUGUUCUGUUCCAACAUGCUGUUCUGUUCCAACAUGCUGUUCUGUUCCAACAUGCUGUUCCUACAUGCUGUUCUGUUCCUACAUGCUGUUCUGUUCCAACAUGCUGUUCCUACAUGCUGUUCUGUUCCUACAUACUGUUCCUACAUGCUGUUCUGUUCCAACAUGCUGUUCCUACAUACUUUUCUGUUCCAACAUGCUGUUCCUACAUGCUGUUCUCCUCCUACAUAGACUGUACUAUGGACCUCUUACAUUUAGAAUGUUAGCUUCCAGACAACCCCGUUUAAAGAUGUUACCUUGUUAUUCCAUCAGAAGAAUAGUGUCUCUAUGUGAAGCUGUGAAUGUGUGUGCAUAUGUGUUGAAUUCUCCUGGCUUGUGGUGAGGACGCAAGAGGUUCUAUCGCUCUCUACCUGAACAUAAUAUCUGCCUCACUGGUGUCGACCUCAACUGGUGUCUCAACAUUGUGGAGUUGAGGCAGACCUGAACCCUGACCCUGCUAACUCUAACCUUACAGAGUGGAGCCAGUGUAGGAACCAUAGACCUGAACCCUGACCCUGCUAACUCUAACCUUACAGAGUGGAGCCAGUGUAGGAACCAUAGACCUGAACCCUGACAGACAGAACUAGGACCAGCUAACCAGGUGGUGGAGUGGCAGGUGAAUAUGGAACACGCUGAGGUAGAACAGAAUGGUAGUGAACAACAGACAGAUCCCACAACACUGGGUGAUUGCUGCCAUAGUGACGGGCGGUAUAAGUAGUAGAGGACCAGGGUUCCGCCCUGCCUCAACUCCACCAUGCUGAGACACCAGUGAGGACGAACAAAGUGGUUUCGCACAGACAGACUCACUACAAUACAAUCACAACACUGUAUAUCUGGAUGUGGUGUGGCUAAUGACUGUUGGCUGCAUUGUGUUUUCGUUGGUUUGGAGCUCUUCUGUCUCAGUAGCUUGAGUCUGUCUGUGUAGCUUGGUUCUGAUUCUCUCUAGCUUGGUUCUGAUUCUGUAUCUCUCUGUAGCUUGGUUCUGAUUUUGUCUGCAGCUUGGUUCUGAUUCUGUCUGUAGCUUGGUUCUGAUUUUGUCUGUAGCUUGGUUCUGAUUCUUCAUGUUAUUGUGACCCUGUAGAGCUGCUCUAUACUCUUAACAGCCACGAAGACACAAAAGGGUUUUGAGUCCCAAAUGGCACCCUAUUCCUUAUAUAGUGUACUACUUUUGACCAGGGCCCAUAGGGAAGAAGGACACUAUGUAGGUAAUAUGGUGCACUUUGGGAUGUUCCCACAGUCUUCCCUGUUGCGGUCAAACUCCUCGUCUCCUUUACCAGAUGAUUUCCUUAUAGAAAAUGAUACAUCUGUCAUCAGUUGAUACUGUAUUGGCUGGUUUUCAGUUGACUAGUCUUAUUUCAAAGAUAUUUAAGGACAAAAGUGAUAUUUGUUCUGUUCUGCUGUAUUACUGAUGUGUGAUGUAAGGCCUGUUGAUGGUGCUGUAUUGACUGGACUGUACCAUCAUUACCAACCCCUCUAGUUUACAGCUCUUGAUAAAGAUCACCAAUAAUGACUGUAGAAAAUAAAUCCUUCAAUACUU